GUUAAGACGCUCUUAACGCGGACGCUCCCCAGGUUUCCUUUCAUUCAACUGCCCUCGCUGCGCCAUCUCCAACCUGACUGUGCUCAAAUCAGUUCACCUGCGAGAAGAGAGAAGCGAAGGCGUUCAGAUCUCUUUAUUCCACAGAAGUGCGAUGGAUUCUUGGAGAAUCGCUGCUUUGCUCCUCGCUAGCUGGCUUACGGCGGCAACUUCUAACCAGUUCGAUACGGAGUGUUAUACUGCAAAUGGAGAGGACUACAGAGGCCGACAGAAUCAGACCAGUCUUCAAGUGGGAAGGCCAUGUCUUUUCUGGAAUGAGACUUUCCAACAUCCCUACAAUACCCUCAAAUAUCCCAAUGGAGAAGGAGGCCUUGGACCACAUAACUUCUGCAGGAACCCAGAUGGAGAUGUUCGGCCAUGGUGUUACAUCGCAGAUCUUGAGGAUGGAAUCUACUGGAAGUAUUGUGACAUUCCAACCUGUCAAAUGCCUGGUAACCUAGGCUGUUUUAAGGACAGUGGUGAUCCGACUCCUCUAUCCGGAGGCUACCAGACCUCCAACAAACUCACCAUUCAGAACUGCAUCAGCUUCUGCCGUAACCAAAGAUACAAGCUUGCCGGCAUGGAGUCAGGCUACGCUUGUUUCUGUGGUAACGACCUUGAUUAUCAUCGUCAUGGUGAUGCUCCAAGCACAGAGUGUAACCAUGUGUGUUUUGGAGACCACACCCAGCCCUGUGGAGGGGACGGACGUGUCAUAGUCUUUGACACAAAAGUAGGAGCUUGUGGAGGAAACUACACCUCGCCCUCUGCAGUGAUCUACUCUCCUGACUUCCCAGACAAAUAUAGACCUGGCAGAGUCUGCUACUGGACUAUUCAGGUUCCAGGGGCUUCCGUCAUUCUGUUCAACUUUACUUUCUUCAAUAUCGUGGAUCAGACUGAUAUGGUGGAACUUCUGGAUGGCUACUCCAAUCAGGUGGUGGCUCGGUUCGAUGGCCGCAAUCCACCACGGGACAUCGUGAACAUCACUGCAGACUUCGUCAUUCUGUAUUUUUACUCGGACAGGAUGAAUGGGGCGCAGGGAUUUUCUGUUCUUUAUCAUGCUUUGAGAAAUCGAGAUGUCAGACCUGUUGAAGAGGAUGAUGAUGGGUAUGAAGAUGACACCAGUACAGUAAGGCAGCAUACUGGAAGCACUACAGCAAAACCGAACACCAGUCAGAGUGGGAAAUCCUCCCUGCUGUACUACGUGAUCACAUCAAGCCCUGCAAACAUGCCAGGUCAGUGGCAUGGACCGGGCCGGACCACGGGCCACAGCACCAUGUGGACCAUCUACGCACUUGCUGCCCUGCUAACGCUAACAGUAAUAGCCAUGGUAGCUAAACUGCUACUGCACCUUACUGUAAAGUCCCCAUCCAUUCCUUCGAUCAGCGGUUCAGAAUCAUGUGCGCAGAGCACCACAUCUGAACCUUGGAUCAUCUUCUACAGACCUUCCACCAUCUCUCUGUUUAAGAAGAAACUCAAGAACCACCAUGGAGACCUCAGCCCUCUCGUGGGAAACUAAACACGACUCUUCUGACCUCUGCGGCUGCUUUAGCCCCCUGUAAGGAAUGCACACACUGUACGCAAUGCUGGUCUUCUGUUGCUGGGCUACGGAAAGGGAGUAGACCAAUCCCUGAUUGACUUCAAACGACCAGUGCAAGGCCCAGCCCAACAGGGUUGACCUGUUGUUGGUAUGGAACUUUGCCAGAAAAAUACAUAAAGACCUCGAUGCACUUGGUCAAUGCGUUUACUCUCAAUUUGCAUCUCAACCAAUCACAAAUGAUGUGACAGGUGCACAUAUAAACCAAGUGAUUUGAUUAGCAAAGGAGAUGUUUGGUUUGUGUUGGCAUUGUAGAGCAACAGACCAACUCAUAGUGGCCCAAAAAUGGCCCAACCCUUUCUCCAGGUGCUUUUGCAGAAGCGAUCAACCCCUGAUAAACAUCUUUAGAAAGGGCGAGACACCCUGUGAACCACACUGAAAGACAAAACCACUUACAUAACCAAUCUAAUGGCACUUAUGUGCCCAACCAGCCCCUUGGUUUUAGUCGCUCUAAUGUAGGUCACCUCUUGUUGUGGAGCACAAAACUUCUUUCUCCCAAGGUAAAAGAGCUGCUUGAACCAGCAGAGGAUUGAUGUCACAGUCAUUUAGAGGAGAAAGUGAUUCAGAUCUUUGAGGACUCAAAGUGAACAACAAAGAAAUCUCGAGAGAGUUCGUGAGUUGACAAAUGGACUGUGAAGUACCAAAGCUUACAAUUGCUACAAGUUGGGCAAUGUUCAAGAUGAACUGUAGUUAAGAAAUCCCUUUGGACCUCUCAUGCCGUCGUUUUUGGUCUGUGUCGGGUUUUGAUCUUUCUGUAAUGCCUUUAAGUGCCUUCAGGACUGAAAAACUCUUUUUUUUUUUUUUUUUUUUUUUUGUCUUCUAAGCUGUCAAUGUCUCGAUGAUGUAAACAAGCAUUGAUCAUUCGGACCAUUGAAUUGCAAAAUUUUUUCAGGGGAUUUAUGAAGAUAUGCAUUGUCCUGUGGGUGUCGUUGGGGCAUAUUGUUCUUGUCAGGUUUUCAACUAGAGCAAGAGAUGCAUUGUUGAUAAACAUUGUGUAAUUCAGUGUGGGAAUGAUCAAACGUCAUCUCCCUCUCAUUUCACUCCCCACGGAGGCAGUGGUGAAAUUCUUCCAAAACAGUUUGCUCUUUCUCCCCCUUCACCACAACUUUUGCUUUCAGAUUCUGAAGCACUUUUUCAGUCAGCCAAAUACCAUGCAGAUCACUGCACUGCUUGCUACAAGGAUUUAGGACGUUCCUAUAAAGCAGGGGUCACAACCUAUGGCACGUGUGUCAGCAAUGGCACACGGAGGGGUAAUCACUUGCAUGCCAGCAAUGGUUAGAGAGGAGUAGACUAUUUUAUUUAUAUGAAAUGCCACACCUGCAUUCCAAUCUACAUCUUGAUGUAAUCCUUCCUCAUGGUCACACAGCGUGUUUUCAUGAGCUGAAUGGGAGUCUAAACAAAAAGUUAAAAUGUGACGAGACUGCAGUAUACCCAACAGACUCACGAAACGUGUGCAAGCCAUUCGUGCAUCACGAGCUGGCAGUGCUUCACUUUCGGUUAAUCGUGCGAGUAAACGCAUUCGCCUUGCUUCGAUCAGGCUGCGUGGAUGACAGCCUGCAUUCCGUGUUUCAUUUGUUUCUUUUUGCUUUAAGAACAACACGUGAUGUAAUAAGGAAAACACCACUAUUAAUCCUUGAGAUUUCCAACCCAGCAUACAGCAUACUUAAACCAUGACCACACUCAAAUUACAUUAAAUGAUUAAAAGAGAAUACAUAAACCCACAUUGUGGGGUUCAAAAAUCUGAGUCUAUUCAAAAUAUAAAGUAAACCUGGAAAUAAAGUUUUAGGAUUUUGCAGGUGUGAUUUUACAGCCAUUGACCAGGAAAAUAAAAAAUGGCACUUCAUGUCAAAAAGGUUGCUGACCCCUGCUAUAAAGGAACGCAAAACCGGUUAAGGAUCAUGACAUUUAGAUUGCAGUUUACAGCACUUGAACAGCCAUUAGUUACAGAUCAAGAUAUGAGUUGACAUGAGGGCCGUCUUACAGAAGAAGAACUGUUGUGACAUUUUUGUAUUCAGUGCUCGAUGUUACACUUGAUGUGUCCUAACCAGGCGCGACUUGACAACAAAUGUUUUGGUUAAAGGGAUAGUUCACUCAAAUAUAAAAAAAUUCUGUCAUUUAUUCACCCUUUUGUUGGUCUCCCGUAUGACUUUCUUUCUUCCGUGGAACACAAAAGGAGAUGUAAGGCAGAAUUACAGCCUCAGUCACCAUUCACUUUCAAUGCAUUUUUUUUCACAGUGAAAGUGAAUGGUGACUGAGACUGAACAUUUAGCAUAACAGCUCCAUUUCGAGUUUCACAGAAGAAAGAAAGUCAUACGGGUUUGGAACAACAUGAUUGUGAGCAACUUUUGGGUGAACUAUGCCUUUAAAGAAAUGUUCCUUGUUCAAUACAAGUUAAGCUCAGUCGACAGCAUUUGUGGCAUAUUGUUGAUUACCACAAAAAAUAAUUUCGACUCGUCCCUCCUUUAUUUAAAUAAAAGAAAAAAUUGCGGUUACAGUGAGGCACUUACAAUGGAAGUGAAUGGGGCCAGUCUAUAAACGUUAAAAUGUAUAUUGUUUCAAAAGUAUAGCCACAAGACAUAAACAUUAUACAUGUUAACCUGAUUUUAGUGUGAAAAAAUCACUUACUACCCUUUCCUGAAAAGUUAUAUCCAAUUUUACAAAUUUGUUGCCAUGACGACAUAAUGUGGUAAACCCUAUAAGCAAUUUUAUCACACUAAAAUCAUGUUAACGUGUAUAAUGUUUGUGUCUUGUGACUAUAGUUUUGAUACAGUGCGUACUUUUUAUGUUUAUGGACUGGCCCCAUUCACCUCCAUUGUAAGUGCCUUACUUUAAUCGCGAUUAUGAUGAGGGACGAGUCAAAAGUAUUUCCUUGUCUAAAUUAUUUCAUGUGGUAACAUUCCUAAUGUCCAAACAUUCCUUUAAUUUAUAGUUAUGUGUGCAAAUAUUUUAACUGAUGAGAUUUCACAAUGCCACAAAAUUAGAAGCCAAACGAUCAACACAAUGUCCCAUCGCUCGUCGCAGAUAAAACCUGACAUUUUAUCGCAUCAAGCCUGAUUUGGGCACAGUGCUACUCUAUGUUUUAGCAAUAUUGUAAAGGCCCCUCAUUUCAACAUCCAUUUGAGUGAGUACAUUCAGUAUAUAACCAAACAGCCUGAAAAUGGGUGGUCAGCAAUACAUUAUUUGUGGGUAUGUCACUAUUGCCGCACUUACACAGAAAACAAAUGAACAAAAUAACCAUAGUAUGCACUUUUAUUUAUUGUAACUGAAGUAGUUAUCUUGUGUCAUGUCUUAUGAGCAACCAAAAUAUUUUUAUAAAGUUUGGACAAUGAUUAUAUCUCAACUUAUUUCACUUAUGUCUGGGAUGCUAUCAGAACAAAUCUGAAAGUUUGGGAAAUACAUUAUAACAAAAGAUCUGUAAUCGAACAAGCUUCCCAACCUAUGUGUCAUGGUCAUUUUUCUUCUCAAUUUAAGUGUAUUUGGCUGACCUGAUGCUGUAUUUUUGCCAUGUUGGGAUCUGCACACUGUCCUAAUUAUUGCAUACAUACUUUAUACCCAUAGCUCUGCAGUGCCUGGGGCUGCACAUGCAUACUAUAGUGUCACCAGUCACAGACAGAAAGAGAUAAAGAGACCGUGGCUGUCAAAUCACAUAGAGAGAAACUUAAAGAGACAGGUUAAAUCUAACAAGGUCAUAUGUCUGGAGAGACUGGUGAAUAAUGCAGAAUCCAGACUUCCACUUAUAUAGCACUUUUAGCAGUAGAAAAAGUGUAAAAUCCUUUUGUGGUUUAUCACAAUGUCAGUGGGGUUUCCUUCUGAGAAACCAAGAUGGGGAAUCCCUAUCAUUUUGGUAGAGGGUACUUCCAGGGAUAAUAUAAAGAUGUUGUUUUCAUGCAAUUGUAAAUAAAAUAGUUAGAAUUUUAAUUUAUACCAUAAAUUAUUUUUAUUUUGGAUGUAAAAUGGGAUACAAUCUAUCUUUUGUAUAAGUACCUUUGUAGUUUUUAUUUAAUGUGUUCUGAGUGCAAAAAUA